UGUUGUCUAUUUCUCUAAUAUGACAUUACGUAAUGGCUAGCAGGCUGUCAGUGUCAUAUUAGAAAUUUUAUUAAAUUCAAAAAAAUUAUACAAUGGCUGUCUCAGGUCGAAUUCUUCCUUGGGUAAAAGAUGGCCUGAGACUCACCAGUGUGAGAUACUCAUCAUGUGCAAGCGGCAGUGCCGGAAAGCCAUAUGAACAAACACGUAAAAAUCUCGUACUUACCAAAGAGACUAGAGUCAUUGUUCAAGGCUUCACUGGCAAACAGGGCACCUUCCACAGCCAGCAAGCAUUGGACUAUGGGACAAAUAUUGUUGGAGGUGUGUCCCCAAAGAAAGCCGGCACCGAGCAUCUCGGGAAGCCUGUAUUUGCCACCGUAAAAGAAGCCAUGGAGAAGACUCAAGCUCAGGCCUCAGUGAUUUAUGUACCACCACCUGGCGCUGCAGCUGCUAUCCUUGAAGCUGUAGCCGCGGAAGUUCCUCUUAUUGUCUGCAUUACGGAAGGUGUUCCUCAACAUGACAUGGUCCGCGUGAAGCACGCACUUCUGCGGCAGAACAAGUCGCGGCUGGUGGGGCCCAACUGCCCAGGCAUCAUUGCUCCGGAGAAGUGCAAGAUUGGCAUCAUGCCGGCUGCGGUGCAUAAAGCUGGUUGCAUUGGUGUUGUAUCUCGCUCUGGUACCCUCACUUAUGAAGCCUGCCAUCAAACUACAGUUACUGGUCUUGGACAAACCCUUUGCGUUGGCAUUGGUGGUGAUCCCUUCAAUGGAACGGACUUUAUUGAUUGCCUAGAGGUGUUCCUUCAGGACCCUCAAACGAAAGGAAUCAUUCUCAUUGGUGAAAUUGGUGGCCAAGCUGAAGAAUUGGCUUCGGAAUAUCUUACCCAAUAUAACACUGCGAAAAAGGGUCAAAAAGCCAAGCCGGUGGUAUCGUUUAUCGCAGGUCUGACUGCCCCGCCUGGAAGACGUAUGGGCCAUGCUGGUGCCAUCAUUUCAGGUGGAAAAGGUGGUGCCAUGGAUAAAAUAAAGGCAUUGGAAAAAGCCAAUGUGAUCGUAACCCGUUCCCCCGCCAAGAUGGGUGUCGAAUUACUCAAAGAGAUGAAACGAUUGGAAAUUGUCUAAAUUCUAGACAAGUUU